CGUAUGUACUAAAAAGUAGCAGUUUAUCCGCAAAACAAAAGACUCAAUGCACAAGCAAACUCGGUGUGGAGGUAGAAAAGUUGGCGAGAAAAAUUAAAAUCGUUGAAGUUCAAAGAAAAAAAGUUUUUUAAUCAAUUAAUAAAAAACAAACAUAUUUCGUUUUAAGACAUAUUUAUAUAUAACGAAAAACAAAUUCAAAUAUUUUGAGGAGCCACAGUUAUUUGUGUUGUAAGAAAUUCGUACAAGUGUAGUGCAGAACUGAGUAAUAACUCAUCAGCUGUGCCCAGCAGAGGAUAUAAAUACAACAAGGAUAUUUAACUUAAAUACUUCAAAUACUGUGAGAAACUCAUUUCUGUGCUUACGGCAGUGUUCUCAAUUGUUCCAGUGGAAAUUUUGUGUUUUUCAAAAAAAAAAAAAAAGUUUGACAACCCGAAAAAUGAUGUCGCUGAAAUCUCUGUUCUUUAUUAGCUCUGCACUUGCCACCAUUGCCUGUGUUUGUGCGCAACUCGCUCCCGGCUCAAAUAUGUAUCUGCCACCCAAACCAAAUGGCUAUAAUUAUCCAGAACCCAAAAAUCCACUGCGACCUGGAAACCAGCCCGGCCCAGGACCACGCCCACCAGGCCCACAACGCCCAUCACAACCUGGACCAGGCGAGCCUGGUCACGUUCACGUACCCGGCAUGCCAUUCGACUUCGAGUAUGCCGUCAAUGAUAUUGACACUGCCAACGAUUAUGCCCACAAAGCUUCGAGUAAUGGUGAUGUGGUGACCGGUGAAUAUCGCGUUGCACUGCCCGAUGGUCGUACACAGAUCGUACGUUAUACUGCCGAUUGGAAGACUGGCUAUCAUGCGGAUGUCAGCUACGAGGGUGAACCGCAAUUUCCACAAGGUCCUGGCGGUCGACCUGGCUAUAAGUAUUAGAUGAGCAACAAGCAACCGGUAUAUUGGAGCGCCUGAAGCACACUUUUGCACGCAAGCACACUGAAACAAACAAACAGAAAAAACGAACACAAACGAUUGCUCACGAGCACGCAUACACACGCACAGCUACAGUUGCAUUGUUUGCUACAUUAACUGCCACAAUAGUAACAACAACAACAACAACAA